CAUGACCCCGGUAAGGCGGUAAUAUUUGUUGAUGUGUUUAUGUUUGUUAGAAAUGAAAUAGAGUGGAUAUUUGAGAAGAAACUUAUCGCCGUACAAAAAACUACAGGUAGUUAACUACUCAAUCCUCUAUAAAGCCCUCAUUCUAUUUUCUGACCACAAGUCCAAUAACAAAUACAAACAGAAGCAAAGAGAGAAUGGAGUACAAUAAGCAAAGAACUAUGUUAAUUGCAGUGUUGCUUAUAAUAAUGUGGAGCUGUUGUUACAACCACGCCCAGCUGAGCAGUGACUUCUACAAGGAGAGCUGUCCCUCGUUGUUCUAUGCGGUGAGACGCGAGGUGCAGCGGGCGGUGACCAGGGAGCGCCGCAUGGCUGCUUCUCUCCUCCGCUUAUUCUUUCACGACUGUUUUGUCAACGGGUGUGACGGAUCAAUAUUGUUGGACGACACUUCCUCUUCUAUGGGAGAGAAAACGGCAGGCCCAAACAAUAACUCCGUGAGGGGGUUUGACGUUGUUGACAAAAUAAAGUCGAGGGUUGAGAGACUAUGCCCAGGCGUCGUCUCAUGCGCAGACAUUCUCGCUAUCAUUGCUCGUGACUCUGUCCUCCUCUUGGACGGCCCUGGUUGGAGUGUAAAACUUGGAAGAAGAGAUUCCACCACAGCGAGUUUCACGACCGCCAAUUCAGGCGUUAUCCCUCCUCCAACCUCUACUCUCGACAACCUCAUCAACCGUUUUAGAGCACAAGGUUUAUCCUCGCGCGACAUGGUGGCUCUCUCUGGUGCACACACUAUUGGACAAGCUAGAUGUGUCACAUUUAGAGACCGUAUCUACAACGAAAGCAACAACAUCGAGCUUUCUUUCGCCUUGUCUAGACAAAGGAGCUGUUCGGCUGCCUCUGGCUCUAGCGACAACAAUGAAGCCACUCUUGAUAUCCACUCUCCUGGAAGGUUUGACCUCAACUACUACAGACAGCUUCUCAACUACAGGGGUCUACUCACUUCUGACCAAGUUCUUUACAGCGGCGGUUCCACUGACUCGCUUGUCGUGUCUUAUAGUCGUAGUCUGAACGCCUUUUACCGUGAUUUUGUAAGGGGUAUGGUUAAGAUGGGCGAUAUCAAACCCCUUACUGGAUCCAGUGGUGAGAUCCGCAACAACUGUCGCAGACCCAAUUGAAUCUUCUAUUACGUGUUUCGUGUUAUCUAAUUUUUACGUGUUUUCUACGUCAACUCCUUAAAUAUGCAUUUUCCAUAUAAAAACAUAAUAUAAUUGAGAUCAUGAUAAGUUUGUGGCUAUGCAGUUUUCAUUUAUGUUUCCGUCUCCUCUCAGUUGUCAUAUUAGCUCUACAAUAUGAUGAAAAAUUGUAUUGCCAUUGCUCAAAAACUCAUUCUGAAAUUUCCAAAUAAAAUAUUUCUAUUUUAAUAUAAUUCAAUAAAUGAUUAUUAAUCAAAUUGCUAAAGAGUUUCUUCUUAAUAGAUUUCUCAGUCGAGAAUAAGUCUUAAAUCUUUUUAUUUUUUCAUUAUUUUAUUAUUUAAAUAAUUUUUAAGAAUCAUUAUUGGAAGUUCUCUAAAGCUAUUAUCAUUCAAUGAAAUAAAGUUUUAAUGCAACUGUGUAAAUGCUGCUGUUUAGUUAUAAAACGCGAUCAUUAUCCAAUCAUGCAUAAUAUUGUGUGGUGAAAUGAGAGCCGUAGGAUGAAAAGUAAAAUUGGUGAAUGAGAAGAAGUGAUGAAAAGUCAUAAAUAAGGUGGACCGCCGGUGACGUUUACAUUGUGUUUGCUUGUCUUAAAAAAACAGCAGAAACAAGUAAGGAAGAGAAGAAGACGCUUGUAAGAACUCCAAGGAAGGUAGAGAGAUCUGCACACGUCUUUAUUCGAGAUCUCCGAUUCAUUCCCAUACGAUCCCUCGUCAGCGGUAAUUCUCUUCCUCGGGAGAAUCUUCGAUUCCGUAACUGAGAUCUCACGGCUCUGUUAUAGAGCUUCAGAGUUGUUUGUGUAGAUUACGUUACCGUAUGAUUGAUAAUCCUUUCUUUCUCGCAUUAUCUUAUUCGUAUUCAAUCUGAUCAGCUUUUCCUUUCUUUUUUACUGAUUGUUGUUGCAUAACAGGUUGCUUUGUUUAUUUUGCUUCACAGGUUGCACAAGCUCCUGAGGCCAUGAGCUAGCACCAACUCUGUGCUAGCUUGGAGAAAGUAGUCUUCUCUUUUUUGGAGAUGUGCAUGACAAGAGAGAAUCCAGAUUCACGUCUCGGAAGAUGGAGGAGGUGGCGGAGCGGUUGAAACUGAGCGUAAGGAAGAGGGAAGCGGGGGUUGUUUAAACUGGAACGUGUGAAGGAGGGGGAGAAAAGGAGGUGUGUCGAUGGAUGCGGAGAAAUGUGAUGGAGAUACUUUAGAGUAUGAGAAGUUGGUGAAAGAGGAUCUUUACUUUAUAGGCCUGCCCUUGCUGAUAUUGUGUGGGUUUGGCAGUGACAAAGAUGAGUAGUUAAUGCCUGUUUCACAACAAAGAUGAGUAGUUUUUGAGAUUUUGUUUUUAAUCAAGUUUUGAGAUUUUGCUAA